AUGGAAGAAAAUCAGACAGUGGUCACAGAGUUCGUCCUACUGGGAUUUUGUCUUAGCCCAAGGAUUCACAUUGUCAUUUUGGGGGUUUUCUCUUUCUUCUAUGCCUUCACUUUGCUGGGGAAUGGGCUCAUCCUGGGGCUCAUCUGCCUGGACAGCAGGUUGCACACCCCCAUGUACUUCUUUCUCUCCCAACUGGCCAUCGUGGACAUUGCCUAUGCCUGCAAUACGGUGCCCCAGAUGCUGGUGAACUUGCUGAACCCAGCCAAGCCCAUCUCCUUUGCAGGCUGCAUGACUCAGACCUUCCUCUUUCUGACAUUUGCACACAUAGAAUGUCUCCUCCUGGUAGUGAUGUCCUAUGACCGCUAUGUGGCCAUCUGCCACCCGCUCCAGUAUUGUACCAUUAUGGGCUGGAGGGUCUGCAACACUAUGGUUAUCACUUCCUGGGCAUGUGGCUCUCUUCUAGCCUUGGUUCAUACAAGCCUCAUCCUGAGGUUGCCUUUCUGUGGGCCUAAUCAAAUCAACCACUUCUUCUGUGAAAUCCUGUCUGUCCUGAAGCUGGCCUGUGCUGACACCUGGCUCAACAAAGUUGUCAUCUUUGCUGCUUCUGUGUUUGUCUUAGUUGGGCCCUUGUGCCUGGUGCUGGUUUCUUACAGUCACAUCCUAGUUGCCAUCUUGAGGAUCCAGUCAGGAGAAGGCCGCAGAAAGGCCUUCUCCACCUGCUCCUCCCACCUCUGUGUGGUGGGGCUCUUCUUUGGCAGCGCCAUUGUCAUGUAUAUGGCUCCCAAAUCCCAACAUUCUGAGGAGCAGCAGAAGAUCCUUUUCCUGUUUUAUAGUUUCUUCAACCCCAUGCUGAACCCCCUGAUCUACAGCCUGAGAAAUGCAGAGGUGAAGCGUGCCCUCAGGAGGGCGCUGUGCACAGACAGUCAUUCCCAGGUAGAGUGA